AUGGCGACCAUGGUGGCUUUGAGCUCCUUCGCCGUUGUUGGCCGGUCCGCCGCCCGUUCUCCAGUGGUGGCCCCGCGCCGGCGCGCCCUCGUCGUCAGGGCCCAGACCGAGCCUGGCAUGGAUUCAACCAAGGAGACAACGAGCGCAUCGACCUCCUCCUCCUCUUCGAGCACGAGCGCGACCCCGACCCCGAUCCCGACCGCACCCAAGCCCAUGACCAAGAAGGCUAACCCCUCCGUGUGGGACGCGCUCGCCUUCAGCGGCCCAGCGCCGGAGCGCAUCAACGGCCGGCUGGCCAUGGUGGGAUUCGUGGCGGCCCUCACCGUCGAGGCGGCGCGCGGUGGUGGGCUCCUCGACCAGGCCGGCAGCGGCGCUGGGCUUGGCUGGUUCCUGGUGACCGCGGGGGUGUUCUCCGUGGCGUCGCUGGUGCCGUUGCUGCAGGGCCAGAGCGUGGAGAGCAAGUCCAGCGGCUUCUGGAGCGCGGACGCUGAGCUCUGGAACGGCCGCUUCGCCAUGCUUGGCCUCGUCGCGCUCGCCGCCACCGAGUUCAUUACCGGCGCGCCCUUCGUCAACAUCUAA